AUGUCCGCCGACAAGCUCAAGGAGAAGGUCGGCCCCUACGGCUACGUCGCCGGCGAGGGCUUCACGACGACCAUGCUCCACCACGGCCACAAGCUCGACAGCGACAACCGCGCGCGCGCGCCGCCCAUCUUCCAGUCCACGAGCUUCGAGUUCAAGUCCGCGGAGCACGGCGGCGCCCUCUUCGAGCUGAGCCAGCUGGGGCCCAUCUACACGCGUCUGAUGAACCCGACGACGCACGUCUUGGAAUACAAGAUCGCGAAGCUCGAGGGCGCGCCGUGCCUCGCGCACGGCGACUGCGACAACGCGACGACGCUGCCCAACUCCCUCGUCGUCGCCUCGGGCCAGAGCGCCCAGAUGCACUGCCUCCUCACGUUCAUGGAGGCGGGCGACAACUUCGUCGCGUCCGCGGAACUCUACGGCGGCACGUACACGCAGUUCAAGUACAGCUUCAAGCAGCUGGGCAUCGAGGCCCGCUUCUUCGACGCGUCCAAGCCCGAGGAGGCGGAGAAGCUCAUCGACGACAAGACCAAAUGUAUCUACAUCGAGACGAUCUCGAACCCGUCGGCGACGGUGCCCGACUUCGAGCGCUACAAGGCCAUCGCGGCCAAGGCGGAGAUCCCCGUCGUCUGCGACAACACCUUUGGCCAGGGCGGCUGGACCUGCAAGCCCCUGGCCUGCGGCGCGGACCUGGUGGUCGAGUCGGCGACGAAGUGGAUCGGCGGCCACGGCACGUCCAUCGGCGGCGUCAUCGUCGACGGCUCGACGUUCGACUGGCGCAAGAAGAAGGCCGACGGGAGCCUGAAAUUUCCGUUGGUGGCCGGGCCCCAGGAGUCGUACCACGGCGGCGUCUUCUCGGAGCACCCGGUCUUCGGCUGCGACGCGACGAACACGGUCUUCAUCCUGCUCGCGCGCGUGAAGACGCUCCGCGACAUGGGCGGCUGCAUCGCCCCCUUCAACGCCUUCCAACUGAUCCAGGGCAUCGAGACGCUGUCCCUGCGGUGCAAGGCCCACAACGAGAACGCGAACGCGCUCGCGCUCUGGCUCAGCGACCACGAGGCCGUCAAGAAGGGGUCCGUGCUGUCGCCGUCGCUCCCGUCGCACCCGUCGCACGAGCUCGCGAAGAAGUACUUCCGCCCGGGCUGCUUCGGCUCCGUCUUCAUCUUCGAGCUCGCGGGCAAGGACGAGGACGAGGCGCGCGCGCGCGGCAAGAAGUUCAUCGACUCCGUCGAGAUGUGCGCGCACCUCGCGAACGUCGGCGACUCGCGCACGCUCGUCAUCCACCCGGCGUCGACGACGCACCAGCAGCUCUCCACGGAGCAGCAGAUCGCCGCGGGCGUCAAGCCCGCGGGCGUCCGCGUCUCCGUCGGCUACGAGGACCUCGAGGACAUCAAGAUCGACUUCGACCGCGCGUUCAAGAAGGCGUGCGCCUAA